CAGAAAUAGUGUCAAUCUUCUCUCUCCCUCAAAAACCAAAAAUUCUAGUGGUGGGCUCAAAAUCCAGAAUCAGGUAUCAAACUUACCUUCAAAAAAAUGGAGGCAACUAUAGGUGGUGUUUCAUGCACAAAAUCAACAUAUCUACAACAUUCAACUUGUUUAAGAGAUUCAAGCACUAGUUUUGUAACUGGGUUUCCUCUAAAACUACCAAAUUUGCAGCUGAAUUUCAAUAAUAAGAAAAGAAAGAAUGAUAUGAUCAAUUUUGUGGUUGCUUCUUCGAUUCCUACUAACAGCAAUUCUCAGAAUAAAAGUGGAAGGUUUUAUCUCAAUUUUACUGGCUUCCCAUUCCCUCUUGGUCCUUUUCUUAACAGACGCACUAUUAGGACUGAGAUUGUAAAAGAUUGCAUAUGGUCAUUUGAACAAGAACAAGCUCUAGGGUUUAGUAGUGUCUCAACAAACACUCGCAUGACGGUCAUCAAGCUCAAGUCUGGAGGAUUAUGGGUCCAUGCACCUAUUGCUCCAACCAAGGAGUGCAUCCAGCUGGUGAAGGAACUUGGGGCUCCAGUUGAAUACAUUGUAUUGCCUACAUUUGCUUAUGAGCAUAAAAUAUUCAUGGGACCAUUUUCUAGAAAGUUUCCUCGUGCUCAAAUCUGGGUGGCCCCUAGGCAAUGGAGUUGGCCCUUGAAUCUACCACUUGAAUUCUUUGGUAUCUUUCGCGCCGAAACCUUGCAGGAUGAGGAUUUGUCGACUCCAUGGGCUGAUGAAAUUGAACAGAAAGUUCUGAGUUCACCGGAAGUUGGUAUUGGGCCAUAUGUGGAGGUGGCCUUCUAUCACAAGCGUUCAAGAUCCCUUUUGGUGACUGAUGCCGUAAUUUUUGUCCCGAGGCAGCCUCCUGAAUGUAUUGGUAAAGAUUCCUUAUUGGCCUCUGCAAAAAAUGGUCUGGCUGUAAAGAUUCUUAGCAAAGGCAAAGAAGUUCUGGAUGAACCAGUAGUUGACAAUGCAAUGAACCGCCAGAAAGGAUGGGAGAGAAUGGUUCUUCAGAUCCUGUUUCUUGGUCCAUCCAAUUUGUUAGAACCAAAUGCUACAUUUGCUCAAAUGUCCCAGAAGCUGAUUGUUUCGCCUAUAGUAAAAACAUUGGUCUUCAGCAAAGUUCCUGAAAAGGUGAAGGACUGGAUUGAUCGGAUAGCUCGAGACUGGAGAUUCCAAAGGAUAAUUCCUGCACAUUUUGCAGGUCCAAUAAAGGCAAGCAGGUCAGAAUUUCUAGCUGCAUUUGCUUUUCUGGAUGAGCUCUUAGAUGAGCAAUAUGUUACUAGGCCUUCACUGUCCCUCCUGUUCACUUCAUUCAUGGGAAAGGCCGCGAGUUACUUCCCCCCGGAUGAUAUGAAGACAUUAUCCUCGCUUGAUCAGUUUUUAGUUUCUGUGGGAGCUGUAAAGAAGACAGUUUCAGGCCGGAAGAGAUGAUAGGCAACUUCUGAUCUCAGCGGCUAUAGUUGUAAAAUAUAUUCAGUAUAUAUCUUUUCUCCUUUUUAAGUAUUUUCUUUUAUCAAUACUGUAAGGAAAUUUUGAGUGUAAGUUCACAUUUUGGAGAACUCUAGUAAUAUAUAAUAUAAAGUUGGAGGUGAAGAGGUAGUAGAACA